GUUUGCAAGCGACCCACUCUGGCAGCCAUGGCAGUUUCUCCGUUUACAAGGCGGAGCGUCAUGACGAUAUUGUUCGAUUAUUUGGCGCUCUCUCUGUUAUCUACUGCUGCUUCCGCCGGUUCUAUGUUCUCCGAUACGGGAAUAAGCAGUAGGAGCGAUUUGUUUGGCGAAAUCCUGAGGGAUGAGGCAGUGGCAAGGCUUAAUGAGCUUGGAAAGGUAAGUGAUGCUGAUGGCUACCUUGAGAGGACGUUCAUGAGUCCAGCUUCUGUGCGGGUUGGAAACCUUAUUCGUGGUUGGAUGGAGGAUGCUGGUUUGAGAACAUGGGUAGACCAGAUGGGCAAUGUGCAUGGUCGGGUUGAGGGAAUGAAUGCAAAUGCUGCGGCUCUAUUGAUUGGUUCUCAUUUGGAUACUGUUGUGGAUGCUGGGAUAUUUGAUGGAUCGUUAGGCAUAAUCUCUGCAUUAUCUGCACUAAAGGUUUUGAAAACCAAUGGGACGUUAGGAAAACUAAGGCGGCCAAUCGAGGUGAUUGCAUUUUGUGAUGAGGAGGGAGUGAGAUUUCAGUCUACUUUCUUGGGCAGUGCUGCUGUAGCUGGUAUUUUACCAGCUACAGCUUUGCAGAUAUCUGAUAAGAGUGGUGUAACAGUGCAAGAUGUUCUUAAGGAGAACUCCAUAGAAAUUUCAGAGGAAACCCUGUUACAGCUCAAGUAUGAUCCAGGGUCUGUCUGGGGUUAUGUUGAGGUUCACAUUGAACAAGGACCUGUAUUAGAACGACUUGGUUUUCCUCUUGGUGUGGUUAGAGGCAUUGCUGGACAGACACGACUCAAGGUUACGGUGAGAGGGUCACAGGGGCAUGCAGGAACUGUUCCCAUGUCUAUGCGUCAGGAUCCUAUGGCUGCUGCUGCAGAAUUAAUUGUCCUGUUGGAAAGACUCUGUAAACAUCCUAAAGAUUUUCUAUCUUUUGAUGGUCAUUGCAAUGAUAUAUCAGUGGAAUCACUCUCCAAUUCUCUUGUCUGCACCGUUGGAGAGAUAUCAACAUGGCCAAGUGCAAGUAAUGUCAUUCCAGGCCAGGUGACAUUCACUGUGGAUUUACGUGCAAUGGAUGACAUGGGACGCGAAUCCGUUAUUUAUGAAUUAUCUAAUCAGAUGUAUCAAAUAUGUGAGAGGCGUUCGGUUUCUUGCGUCGUCGAUCGUAAGCAUGAUGCGAAUGCAGUGAUUUGUGAUUCUGAAUUGAGGUCUCAGCUAAAGGCUGCAGCUUACUCUGCACUCAAGAAAAUGGCAGGUGAGAUUCAAGAUGAAAUUCCUGCCUUAAUGAGUGGUGCAGGACAUGAUGCAAUGCCCAUGUCUCAUUUAACAAAGGUAGGAAUGCUGUUUGUCCGCUGUCGUGGAGGCAUAAGCCAUUCCCCUGCAGAGCAUGUAUUGGACGAUGAUGUUUGGGCAGCUGGUUUGGCAAUCUUGGCAUUUCUAGAGACCCACAUGUAAAUUUGAACAUUUGUUGACAUUAAUGUACAGCAGAGCAGUCAACGUAGAUGAAUCUGACCAUUUUGAAUAUUUUUUUUAAAAAUAAAUAAAUAAAUUUCAGUAGUUGUUAUUAUA